CCGCUAAUCUUCAAGAGGAAUAGCAUUCCGUUUACCCAAAGUAUGGCGUCUGGCUCUCCUAACCCGCAAAGGCCCAAACCAAACAUCAGAGUUGAAGAAUAGAAUAGAUUGAUUUUAGCUUUUUAUUUCGACUGAGGCCUCAUUGUUCUUUCAAUUUAAUGGCUCGACGUCGGCGACUCAAAACCCUACCGGAUGCAAGUAGGGAUUUAAUACGUGAGCUGCCGGUAGAGGUAAAGGACAGAAUUUUGGAGUGUUUGCCCACCCGAGAUGCCGCCAGAACUGCUCUACUCUCAAGGAACUGGAAUCAUGUUUGGUUGCAGCAUGAGCGGCUUACGUUCGAUUACGAAUUCGUGCAAAGUGUCCAGAAACAGUGCCAAGAUGAUGACGGUAGAACCUUCGUGAACAUAAUCAAUAGUAUCCUCUUUUCCCGUGCUGGGCCUGUUAGGAAGUUUACUAUACAGAUAGACACUAAAUAUGAUCCAUCGCCGCAGCAAUCUGAUUUUGAUAAGUGGUGUCUUUUUCUGUCAAGAAAUGGUGUCGAAGAACUUAACAUAUCUUUAUAUAGUUAUCAAACUCAUCAGCUGCCAUUUUGUCUACUCUCAUGCAGGACAAUUAAGAAACUGAUAGUCGAAGGUCUCUUUAUUGAUUUGCCUGUAAAUGCUUGUGGUAUAUUUUCCAAUGUCACUUCAUUAGCUUUCUUGAAUGUUACAUUUGGUGUUAAUGGAAUUGCCUCUAGUAUUAGUACUCCUAAGCUUGAGAAGCUAGCUUUUGAGUAUUGUGGAGGGAUCAAUAUGUUUGAGAUCAGCCCUCCAAAGCUUGAAAUCUUGUCUGUUAUUGGUUCUGUGGUUGAUUUGAGAUGGUUGACACCACAUUUGAAAGCCAUUAAGACUCUUUGGUUGUGUGGCUCUUCGUUGGAGGAUAUGGAUGUAUCUCAGUUUCCAACUGCAAUAAAUCUGCGAGUGCUGAAGCUAUAUAGAUUACGUUUUGGUUAUGGGGAUCAGCUCCCCGUUUUUAUACAAUUGCUUCAAAAAUUCCCUAACCUAUGUGAACUGCAAAUUAUGGCAACUGAGGAUGACAAUGAACUGAACGAUGAAGCAUUUGAGGAUCCAAAUGGUCUCUUAUUUAUUCAAGAGCUGCAGAUGCUUAACACAAUUAAGAUUGAAGCAUUCAGUAACCAAUCCGUAAUGGAAAUGCUUUUUAUGAAAACGCUGCUCUCAAAAUCCCCUGCGCUAGAGAAAGUUGUUAUUGUGAAGUCUUGGGGUAGUAAUGCCUCUGAGGUGGUGAGAAAAAUCCAAAGAAAGUUGGAAUGCUUCCCUCAUGCAUCUCCAAAUGCACAGAUUGUCUGCGCUGGCAAUUACUAUGCGGGUAUGGAUGAGGACUGGAUGGAUACCCAUGGUGUUAGGUUUUUAGAUUUCGCAGUAUGGUGAAUCUCCAUCGGUUCUAUUUGGUUGCAGCUUAGAAAUGUAAGCAAAGGUUGUGUUGGAAGCUGAAAUGUUUUCUAAGUUGUUCAGCAUGAGGUAUUUGUAAUCAUCAAGCAUUCUGGGCAAU